AGACAAUCGACAAUUCAGAGUUCAGGUUUCAAUCGUCCGGUCGAGAUCUCCGAGUUACAAUUCGCAGAUGUUUUAACAUGUCGGCGGGUCACAUUUUCUUGUUGGUGACGGGAGUGUUGGUGGCAAAUUCUAUUGCAGAGUAUCGAGACAUCGAUCGAAAUAGUCCUCGAGAUUGCAUGUUAUUCACAAACUGGCGCUACCAGGGAAAAUCCCGGAGUAAAUUCAUUUGGAAAUUCGAGGAUUGCCGCCAAAGUAACGUUCAAACACUCUGUGAACGACGGAAAGAUGCAUCAGGAAAAUGUCCAGAGGAUUUCCCAAUGGCUAUUGGAGACAGUUGCUACUGGUUUGAUUUGACUCCAGUAUCGCAUAAUACCGUGAGACCAAAAUGUGCGCGUAAGGGAGGAGAUAUCGCUGCUAUCGACACACCAAGGGAGGCACGAGAAUUGGGAAAACUACUAGCAGCGGUACCCGAUGCGGGAUUUUCGAGCUUCAAAGAAUUCCGAAUAAAAUAUUGGACUGGAUACAAGGAGUAUGUGAACCAACAAGAGGACCGUAAAUGUGUGAUUCUCACAAACAGGAGGAACAAACACAACAACCCCGGGAAAUUCUAUAAAACUAAAGAGAGUUGUGACGGCAUGUCCCAAUUACUCUGUGAGAUGGACAUUCCAUCAACAGGUACAUGCCCUGAUGGUUUCAACGACUUCCAAUUGGGUGGUUCGUGCUACAUGGUGGACUUUGCCUUCAAUGAGCACGACAGGAACAGCAUGUUCUGUAGGGUUGCAAACGACGCCGGCCAUCUUGUUCGAGUUGGUUCAAAUUUUGAGAAAAUCGGGGAAGAACUUUUAAAGCUAUCUAACUUUCCCAAGGGUUCAACUGUUGAGUUCACUCUUGAGAACUCCAACCCCAGGUCGAGCAGGCCUACCAAAGGGAGACGUCCCAAAGACAUGCGCCCCAUUAAGUACAACUAA